CAGAAGGCAGCCUUCACGUUUUUCCUUGUCUUCUGAAGAGCUUCUGGAAACCCAGACACUCAGAUCAAGGUGGAAGGUGGGAAAAUGAAGUUGGCUCUGCGAAUUCUCAGUCUGCUCAUUACAGGUUUUAGUUUUGUCAACCUGUCACCAGUUUUCAGAGCCCCAGAAGGUGGACAACUAGAGUUUAAAUGCAAAUACAACUGCCGGCACAAGAUGAAGAAUAAAUAUGUCUGCCGUACCCCCUGUAACAGUAACAGUGAUGUCAUCAUCCACAGCAAUAAACCAGAAACCUUCACGUCUGGAGGGAGAAUGUCUAUUUUUGAUUACGCUUCUGAAUGUUUGAUAAAAAUAACACUAACAAAUGCCUCUCUGUCUGACGCUGGGAAAUAUUACUGCGGAAUUGAUAUAACACUCUCUCUGGAUGAAUACAUAGACGUCAAUAUUGAAAUCCUGAAAGAUCUUUCCCCAACAUCUGCUUUCACUGUCCUACAAAGUGUCAUCAGACGAACGGAAGAAGUGCUAACCACAAGGCCUCUUCUCAGCGUGCCAGUUGGUUUGCAGACCACACUGAUGUCCACAAUGGAAUCUGAGACUGAAUUCAAAACAGAAGCAACUAGAAACGGAAAAGCAAUGGUGAUCCUCCUCUGUGCUCUGCUGGGCUUGACGGUGUUGUUUUUGCUGCUGGUCACUGUGAUCUUCAGAAGAGACAAGAAGAAAAAGAAACAAACUGGCAGCAGGAAAAGCAGGAUACAGCAAGGAAGCCAAAAUAUCACAAUGCAGAAUAAUCAGGACCCCUGCUUAUCCAAUGAACUUGCGGACUCAGACCCAGAAAACGACAUCCACACAUUGUAUGCUUUAUUGGAUUUUGCGAGAUGAUGUAUAAAGUUUGUGGUGCAUCCUUUAGUGCUGUCUUAAGCAUUUGUAAUAAAUACAAAUUU